GACGUCUAAACCACACAAUUUUCUCUUCAUGGCUUUCCGUAUUCUCUAGAGUGUUACACCUCUUUUUUCACCCUGUAGUUCUGACAUCGAUUUGAUCGAGAAUUGUUCCUAGGAUUCGAAUCUCUGUUGAUCGUGUUUUGUCUUUUUCUUGCCGGGGUUUUGUCUGAUUCCUCAAUCAAUUAAAACCUUCGAAAUCUUUCAUCUUUUUGCGUGUUUUGCGAUUCUAUUACAAAACCCCUUUUAAUUCUCUGUCAUUAUCGUCUCUGAUCCCAAUUUUCUGAUAAAGCAGAGUGUGUCUCUGUGUGUGUGUGUGUCGCUAGUUUCUGAGUGACACCAAAAAGGGUAAAAAUCGAAACGAUCGUAAUUGAAGGAAACAUGGUUUGUUGCUUGUGUUUUGGGCUGAGAACGAAACCAACAUUGACGCAAAAGCAGAAGCAAAAAGGCAAAGGCAUUGCUGAUCAGAAAUGCAGACCUGACCCUUCAUCGUCCUCUGCUAAACCACCAGCAAGUGCUUCAUCAGGUUCAGAGAAACGGAGAAGUUAUGCGAUCGAUACUCAAAUUUUCACAUACCGAGAACUUGCCACCGCAACAAACAACUUCAGGACAGAAUCUUUGAUCGGACGAGGUGGAUUUGGUGCUGUGUUUAAAGGAACUCUAGAAAAGACUGAACAGAUUGUGGCUGUUAAAAUGCUUGAUACGGGUGGUCUUCAAGGAGACAAAGAGUUUCUUGUGGAAGUCCUAAUGCUCUCGCUCCUGCGCCACGAAAACCUCGUGAGAUUGAUUGGCUAUUGCGCUGAAGGAGAUCAAAGACUCCUCGUCUAUGAAUACAUGCCUCAUGGAUCUGUAGAAGAUCAUCUCCACAAUUUCAAAUCUGAAACAGAGAUUUUAGAUUGGAACACGAGGAUAAAGAUAGCAGCAGGAGCAGCUAAAGGGAUAGAGCAUCUUCACAAUGUAGCAAAACCUCCUGUGAUCUACAGAGACUUGAAAACUGCAAACAUAUUGCUAGAUCAUGGCUAUAACCCGAAGCUGUCUGAUUUUGGACUUGCCAAGUUUGGUCCGAGUGAAGAUAUGACUCAUGUCUCUACAAGAGUUAUGGGAACUCACGGGUAUUGUGCACCCGAGUAUGCAAACACCGGGAAACUGACGCUUAAAUCUGAUAUUUAUAGCUUUGGAGUUGUGUUGUUGGAGCUUAUCAGUGGACGCAAAGCUAUUGUGGACUCAUGCAUGGGUUCAAACCGUUUACUUGUGAAUUGGGCAAGACAGUUCAGGGAUAAAAACAUAAAGCAGAUUCUUGAUCCAGUGUUAACGAUACAAGAUGGGUUCGAGCCAACUGUGAAAUAUGCUCUUGAAGUGGCGUUUAUGUGCUUGAGAGAAAACGCAAACGCUAGACCAACGAUCAGUGAAGUAUUGCUCGCUCUGAAUCACAUACUGUAUCAGUUAGGUGAGCACACAACGAGUGAACAGAAGAAAAAGAGCAAUGGAGGUGGACGAGGAGGAAAUCCGGGGAAGAGAGUGGUUUCUCCGAAGGAGACAACUAGUAUUUUGAAGUUUAACGAAAUAGAGGAGGAAGAAGAGGAAGAAGGAAAUGAUAGAGAGAGAGCCGUCGCUGAGGCUAAGACUUGGGCUGAGACUUUGAGAGCGUUACGGAUGAAGAACAGUGAGCCAACAACGCCGACUCCUUAAAAUCAAAAUGUGUUAAAAUUUUGAAUUUUCUUAUUCUUCUUUUGCUUGACUAAGCAAAAAAACCUUCAAAGAUUCAUAAAGUUGACAAUUUUUCUCUCAACCUUUUUUAAAAUUCAGAUUG